GUCAUCAACAGUCCGUUGCCAGGCAACCUUUGAGAACGGUCCCACUGCCUGGCCGGUGGUGGUACAUUAUCUCAAACGUAAACAGAAGACGCGCUAUACGGCUGUGUGCUUUGGAAGAAAACAGUUUUGUGUUGAAAGGAGAGGGAAAGGCGGACAGUCCAGAACACAAAAAGUGCUCAAGGACAUGCUUUAACAACGACGCCGUGGCGAACGUUAUAGCCUACCCUUCGCCACCUCCCGGGGAGCCCUUCCUGUCCUUGGGAAUGAGUUCCUGGACGGUGUCUUCCGCUUUCGAGAAGGAACUGUGUCGCCUGUGUCUGCAGGAUUUCCCCUGUGGACAAGGGAGCUGGAGCAGGCCCAGGGGACAGGGGUGCGAGGACGAUGGCUGGGGGUACCGCGAAAAGAACGGGGGGAGAGGACCCAGGGCAGAGGAGCGGGAGGACCUGAUCGAGCUCCUGACCGACCCGCUGUCUCCGUGGCGACAGGAGGCGGAGUCUUGGAGCCCUCAGGCCGCGGCGCUGAGGGAGCUGUCCGUCACAUCGCAGGCCCGCCUCUCCGGCAGCUUCAUUCGUGGAUAUUUCACCACCCUGCGAAUCGUGGACAAGGGGGUCUCAGUCAUCGAUGACGGCGUGCUGGGGUUCGCCAGGCUGCGGGAGCUGGUGCUGACGGCCAACUGCAUCUCUCAGCUCCCUUCCGCGCACCUCCCAGGGUCCCUCAGGGUGUUGGAGGUGUGUGCCAACCAGGUGAACAGUCUGCGGAGCCUGUGCCAGCCCCCCCCUCCCCCCCUGCAGCACCUGGGGCUCAGCUUCAACCGGCUCGGCUCUGCGUCCGACGCCCGACUCCUCACCGCCUCCUUCUGGCCUCAGCUCGUGUCUCUGGACCUGAGCUGGUGUGGUUUUGAGGAGCAGCUGGUCCUGGUGGACUCGCUCUCCACGCUGCCCCGGCUGAGGACCCUGGCGCUGGAGGGAAACCCCCUAACGCUGGCCCCCUCCUACCCCGGCUUCCUCCUGGACAGCCUCCCCAGGCUGCUCUACCUGGACGGGCACCGCGUGACUCCAGACGACCGCCAUCGCUUCCACGGCCUGGCCAGGAGGAGAGGUGCCGUCACAGAUGAGGCGGUUGUCACGGUGACGGUGCACAGGAUGAGAGGGGUACCGGACCCCUCCCUGGCCGCUGACAGCAGUGCGGCCGAGUUUCCGGUCGUCGCCUGCAGCUACCUGGCGACCUACGAGUUCCUGGGUCCCCUGCCCGCGGAAAACCAGGUUGGAAGUGAGUCAGUGACCUCCUCGGGUCUGGCUGUGCGUUUCGCCCCGGACGAGGGUUUGGGUCCCUCCAGAGGACCGGAGGGGCGGGACGAGACCCCCCAGGAGGCGCGAUGGAAUCGGGGGGAGGAAGUGUGCCACACUGUCCCUCACCCUGGCCCCCCAGCUGGGACAGGGGACAGUGGCUUGUCUGAAAGCUGCUCAUGCCCAGUCAUGGAGAUCAGCACCCCAAAAUUGCCGUGGGCAGAGCCAAUAGAGUAUGACCACACCCGUGUUUACCGCGUCAGGGACCUGGCCCCCCUCAAGCGCUUCUUCCUCCGAGGACUACGCAUCACGGUGGAGGAAGAGAAGGUGCUGUCUUGGCCCGCCCCUCCAGAAGAGAAUGUGGGAACCAAGCCUGUCACUGACAAGAGGGGUACAGCAAAGGAGCAGAGUGUCCGUCCUCCUAGUAACCCCUGCUCCAAUCAGAAGGCCAAGGACAAGAAGCGGAAGAAGGAGCCCCAGGUGGACCUGGUGCAGGACCCCCCGGGGAGGAGGACCCUGGGUUCGGCUCGCGUGGAGCUCCAGGACCUGGUGUCCGGGGGCAACCAGGUGUACCGGCUGUGCGAUUUUGGGGUGCCCACGGAACUGAGCGCCAGGACACCCCAAGAAAAGGAGCCAAGCAAGAAGGUCAAAGAGGACAAGAAGAAAGAGGAUAAGAGGGCAAAGCCUGCUGGAGAGAGCAUAGCCACACAGAGAACUACGCCCUCUAAAGGUAAGAACAAGGGGAAGAAGGACAGUGAGGCUGAAGGCCCAGCAGAGACCUUCCAGCACCUUCCAGAACAUCUAAUCCUGGAGAUCAGUGUGCACCUGGACAAGUGGGAGACUGACAGACCUACAAGCUGCCAGGACCCAGCACCUCUGAGAAGAUAAAUCACUUAGAAUAGACGACGCGUCUUAAAUACUACCGCAUACGCAGUAAAAUGCUCAGCGUUAAUUUAACUUUAAGAGCUGUCAGAGUUGAUUGAACAUUGAUACAAAUUUUUUUACUGUGUACUAAGUACAAGUGUUUAAUUGUAUGUUUAUUAAGUACAGGCGUUUUCGAGCGGAGAAAUGGAUUUGUUUCUCCAUGGUGCCAGGGUAACUGAGGACAGAUAUUAGGAGAAUAUUUUUUACUUUGAAAGGAGGGGACUCCAUAUAUCUUUUUUUUUUGGGUGGGUGGGGGGGGGGGGUGGCUAUUGAAUGGGACAGGAAGGAUAAGGUGAACAGGUGGGCUGUAUCUCUGAAAUGUAAAGAAAAUAGAGGCGGAGCUGAACGUAAGAGGAGGAAGGUACUGUUUCCAGUGAAGGGGGAGUUGGGAAAUACUGACCUGUUGACCUCACCUGAACAUUGGGAUGUGCUCUGUCAAUGUUAAAAAUAAACUACGGGCUACUGUCUGAUAUUUCCUUGCAUUUGGA